AAGAAGAAGACGACGACGUAGCUUUUGAGCAAUCGCUUCUUCCGGCGUCACUUGUGUCGCGAUAAUAGAAGACCAAGAAGGUUCCUAAAUUCGACAUGGAGGUGUUUGUUUCUAGUCCUGGUCGAUCCAAGUUUUCUAACUGUUUGUUUACAGAGGGUUCUGUUGUCAGAGAUCUCCUGCUGCGUUUCGUCCAACAAUUGGAGGCGUCGCCACAUGACCUGUACUUCAGCAAAGAUGGACGUCUGGCCUGCCUGGAUGAUCACCUGCAGGGCGGGGCUGUCUAUCACCUGCAGGCGCGCGUCCUCGGAGGGAAGGGAGGGUUCGGUUCCAUGUUGCGAGCUCUUGGCGCUCAGAUCGAGAAGACGACCAAUCGCGAAGCCUGCAGAGAUCUGAGCGGACGACGCCUGCGAGACGUCAACCAUGAGAAUGAGAUGGCUGAUUGGCUGAAGAAGCAGACGGAGCGCGAGGCGGAGAAGGAGCAGCGUCGUUUGGAGCGUCUGCAGAGGAAGCUGCUGGAACCCAAACAUCAGUUCAGCGACGCCUCCUACGAGCAGCAGUGUCACGACUUAUCCGAGCGACUCGAGGACUCGGUGCUCAAAGGUCUGCAGGCAGCGUCCAGCCCUGAGGUGAGCGCCCAACUGUCUCCAAAGAGAAAAGCCUCCAUUCAGAGUGAGCCGCCAAUCAAAAAGCAGAAGAAAAUGGGGGCGUGUUUUUGGAGUGGUUUUGACGAGCUGACGAGCUCAGAGGAUGAAGACGAUUCUCCAUCCACCUCUACCUGUGAAGUUGCCGCUACAAUGAAAACACAGUGGGCGGAGCCAGGGCCGAGCUGCAGCUUUGUGGCCACGCCCCCUCAAGAAGUUGUCAAGGCGCAGAUGGCCAUGCCCCCUAAGGAGGAAGCCAGGGCGCACAAGGCCUCGCCCCCUAAAGAGGAAGCCACGGCGCAUGAGGCCAUGCCCCCUAAAAAGGAAGCCAGUUUGCACGAGGCCACGCCCCCUAAAGAAAAAGCUCAGGCGCUAAAGACCACACCGCCUAAAAAGGAACCAGAGGUGAAGGCCUCCACCCCUGAAGAGGAAGCAGAGGCACAGAAAGCCACACCCCCUAAAGAGGAAGCUGAGGCACAGAAGGCCACACUCCCUAUAGAGGAAGCUGAGGCACAAAAGGCCUCACCCCAUGUAGAAGAAGCUGAGGCGCAGAAGGCCACACCCCCUAAAGAAGAAGCUGAGGCGCAGAAGGCCACACCCACUCAAGUAGAAGCAGAGGCGCAGAAGGCGUCCUCCUGCUCACCUGAGCCACAGCCUGGGGAAGAUGCUGAUGGUGGCGCUGUGACCGUCAGCGUGUCAUCAGCCACGUGUGUUCAACAAUUGGAACAUUUGGGUCUGGAGGUCCUCAAACAAGAACUGAUGCGUCGAGGAGUGAAGUGCGGCGGGACGCUGAGCGAGCGUGCGGCUCGCCUCUUCGUCGUAAGAAAUCUGCAGCUGGACCAGAUCGACCCGACGCUGCUCGCCAAGCCUGCUAAGUCCAAGAGAAAAUGAAGAAAAGUGGAACAGAAAAGGAAACCUUUUUAUUUUUUGUGUACCUUUUUACCUGACUUUUUUAGUUUGGCUAAAAAGGCCUCCGCUUCGGCUCGUCCAGCUCCUUAAAACAUUGAACGUCCCCGACAGUCACCGCCACUUCAGAUGUUGACGUCAUCUUUGUGGUGCUUCAACACUGCCAGUGAAACACAUCCACUCUUCAAUAAACUUAUAAACAAA